AUGAAAGCAGCUGAUAUUUCAUGUUGCUAUUUCAAGCAUCUCUCUUUCUCUUUCUCUCUUUCUCUCUCUCUCUCUCUCUUUCUCUUUCUCUUUCUCUCUCUUUCUCUUUCUCUCUCUUUCUCUUUCUCUUUCUCUCUCUUUCUCUCUUUCUCUCUCUCUUUCUCUUUCUCUCUCUUUCUCUUUCUCUUUCUCUCUCUUUCUCUUUCUCUCUCUUUCUCUCUCUCUCUCUUUCUCUUUCUCUCACUUUCUCUUUCUCUCACUUUCUCUUUCUCUCACUUUCUCUCUCUUUCUCUUUCUCUCUUCUCUUUCUUUUUUUCUUUCUUUCUUGUUUUCUAUCUUUCUCUCUCUUUCUCCAUCUCUUUCCUUAUCUCUUUCACUUUCUUUCUUUCUCUUUCUCUCUCUCUCUCUCUGUUUUUCUCACUCUCUUUCACCCUCUCCGUCUCUAUCUCUUUCACUCUCUUUCUUUCCCUUUUAUCUCUUCCUCUUUCUCUUUCUUUCUCUCUUUCUCUCUGUCUUUCUCUCUCUGUGUAG